AUGCAGUCGCGUCGUCUGUGCCAAGCCAGCCACGUGUUGUGGUUCGUAUGGGACCCUCCAGGCAUCGCGAUCGCCUUGUUCGCUGGCCUCCUUGUCUUGGGUUUGUUGGUGGCGGUACUCAUGUCCAUCUCGGAAUGGGUGGGGCUCCUGUCGCCAAUGGGAAUGACAGAGAGCAUCUGGUUUACAGGACUCUUUGGUAUGUGUCUCUGGAGCCACGUUGUGGUGGUUACUAGCAACCCGGGCACGGUACCGUCCAAGCUCAAGGGAAUAAUGCCAUUUGUAGAGAUUGAGAAGGAAAGAACCAAGGAUGACGAUGAGAUGGAAGAAGUGGAGGAGGAAAUCUCACUCAAUGAAUUCGAAGAAUGUGAAGACGAUGGCUCGCUUCUCUUCUACUGCGACGAGUGUGAGAUCUACCGUCCACUCAGAGCUCUGCAUUGUCACACUUGUAACCGAUGCAUUGUCUUACAAGAUCAUCACUGUCCCUGGGUGAAUAAUUGCGUAGGAAUUGGUAACCUCAAGGCCUUUUUGUUGUUGCUCUUGUACGUCACAGUUACAAGUGUUCAAGUGGCAUUGCUAGUGAUGAUGCAGUACAUUAUGUGCACACGUGGCAAAUAUUCCUGUGGAUUUGAGACAGACCAAUUUCCAGGCAAAUUUGGCGGUUGGAUUCUGGCUGCAGCUGCUGUCUUUGGACUAUUUUGUUCCCUUAUGUUGGCUAUGGAGCUCUUUAAUAUUUAUCAAGAUCCACUAUUUACACUAAUUGCUGGUCAACUUGCAGCUCGUCGUGGUGGAGACAAGUCCAAGUCGACGCUGGAACGUCAUCUAAGUGUCAUUUGUGGGACGGAUGGUAUGAGAACGUCCUGGUGUUUUCCUCCGCCUGAACGACGUUCACUGCAUGAUGAGGAGAUUAUACAGGGGUUCCGAUGUCAGGAGGACGAUGGAGGGAUCUGUUAA